GUAAUUACAAAAUUAAAUAUAAGGCAAUCUGUUGUUUGUAGUUGCUACAACGAAAUACAUUUCAUCAUUGUUAUUGUUUAUUAUAAAAAUGAGAUUCGAAUUACCUGUGCUGCGAAGAUGCUGCUUUUGUUUACCCCUCAGAAGAGGUUUGCUUGCUUGGGGUUAUUUCAAAUUGCUCGCAAUCGUAGUGGAAGUAUAUUUCACGAUAACGGUGCUGUACCUGCUGUUUGUAGGGCUGGCGAUGUUCAUUGGUUUUCAUUUAAUACUUAUCACUUUACCGCUUAUUUUACUGACGUUGUUAUGCGUCGACUUCAUUUUCACUGUGAUAUUUUUGAUCGCCGCUCAUAAGAAAAAGCAUACGUUGAUGGAAGUUUAUUAUUAUUACCUAAUUAUUCUAGUUUCAAUCAUCAUCGUCUUGUCGGUACUCAUGUCUUCAUUGCUAUUAAGCGCCCGUACCAACAAUGUCGAACUUCAAACAACAAGAAUAGCUGUUGUAAUUAGUAGCUUCUUGUAUAUUUUUACACAUUGCUACUUCUUGGUCCUAGUUAGAAGCGCAAUAAAGAAAAUAAAAGAUCAAAACGUCACUCUGAGAUUCGUCAAUAACACAGGAGAGAUUGAAGUAUGCUAGAGUAUUAAUUAGGUGUGGUACCGAUAUAAAAUUAUAAACGUGGUUUGUAAUGAGAUAUUGAAAAGAAAACUAAAGCAUUGUA